GUGAUUAUUUAAUGUUGCUCACAAAACGCUCACAAGUUAGCAACUAAAACAGUUAAUUUCAUCCCUGUACGGAUAUUUGACGUUUACAACUUAACAGUUGUCAUAGUUUCUAAAAAGGAACUUUCACUUUAAAGGGGCAGACAAGACAACGACUUUUCCGCUCACAUGUGACAGUGCCCUCUAGUUUGGUGCCAUGAGUAACAGCCAUCCCCUACGUUCGCUGACCUCCGUGUCAGAGAUAGACCACCUGCACCUGCUGUCAGAGCACUUAGGCGCCCUGGUGUCCGGCGAGGAGUACAGCGAUGUUACAUUUGUUGUGGAAGGGAAGCGCUUCCCCGCCCACCGGGUCAUCCUAGCAUCACGCUGCCAAUAUUUUAGAGCCAUGCUCUUUAAUGGCAUGAAAGAGUCUCAGCAGCAGGCAGAGGUUCCGCUGGAGGAGACACAGGCCGAGGCGUUCUCCAUGCUCCUGCAGUACCUGUACACGGGCCGGGCUAGCCUGAAUACAGCCCGCGAGGAUGUCCUACUGGACUUCCUGGGACUUGCACACCGCUAUGGCCUCCAGCCACUAGAGGAUAGCACCUGCGAGUUUUUGCGCACAGCGCUGCACACACAGAAUGUGUGCCUGGUGUAUGACGUGGCCAGCCUCUACUGUCUGGGGGGGCUGGCACAGGCGUGCUGUGCCUACAUGGACAGGCAGGCACCCGAUGUGCUGGCAUCAGACGGCUUCCUCACUCUCUCCAAGACAGCUCUUUUAGCCGUGGUCCGGCGUGAUUCUUUCGCUGCCACCGAGCGAGAGAUAUUCCAAGCACUCUGUCGCUGGUGUCAGCACAACGCAGACAAUGAGACAGCGGCGCAGGAAGUGAUGUCGGCGGUGCGCCUGCCCCUCAUGAGCCUGAUGGAGAUGCUAAACGUGGUGCGCCCAUCAGGUCUCCUCAGCCCUGACAAUCUGCUCGACGCCAUCCAGACACGCUCUGAGAGCCGUGACAUGGACCUUAACUACCGUGGCAUGCUCAUCCCUGAGGAGAACAUUGCCACCAUGAAGCACGGUGCUCAGGUGGUGAAGGGCGAGCUGAAGUCGGCCCUGCUAGAUGGAGACACUCAGAACUACGACCUGGACCACGGCUUCUCCCGGCACCCUAUCGAGGAGGACGGCCAUGGCCGCGCGGGCAUCCAGGUCAAGCUGGGGCAGCCAUCUAUCAUAAACCACAUCCGCCUGCUGUUGUGGGACCGUGACAGCCGGUCGUACUCUUACUAUGUGGAGGUGUCCAUGGAUGAGCUGGACUGGGUACGUGUCAUUGACCACUCCAAGUUCCUGUGUCGGUCCUGGCAGAGUCUCUUCUUCACAGCGCGUGUCUGCAGGUAUGUGCGCAUUGUGGGAACACACAACACAGUCAACAAAGUGUUCCACCUUGUGGCUUUUGAGUGCAUGUUCACACAGCGGCCCUACAUUCUGGAGAAAGGCCUCCUGGUCCCUGACCGGAACGUGGCUACCAUCGCGUGCGGUGCCAGCGUGGUCGAGGGAGUGAGCCGCAGCCGCAACGCCCUGCUCAACGGUGACACGUCCAACUACGACUGGGACUCGGGCUACACCUGCCACCAACUUGGCUCGGGGGCUAUUAUCAUCCAGCUGGCCCAGCCCUACAUGUUGGACUCUCUCCGAUUACUGCUCUGGGACUGUGACAACCGCAGCUACAGUUAUUACGUUGAGCUGUCCACUAACCAGCAGCUCUGGACCAAGGUGGUGGACCGUACCAAAUUGGCGUGCAGGUCUUGGCAGACACUGGUGUUCGACAGGCAGCCCGCCUCUUUUGUGCGCAUCGUGGGGACCCACAACACAUCCAAUGAGGUGUUCCACUGUGUCCACUUCGAGUGCCCUGCCCAGCUCGACACAGAGGUAAAGGAGGGAAGCCCGGGGCCUGAAACAGCCAGCUCAGAUGCCAAGUACCAGCAGAGUCGUUUUCAGCCCCAGUCCACCUCCCAGGUCCCACUCCAACUCCCCACCCGGCCUUACUCUUCCUCCUCCUCCACCUCAUCUUCCUCACACUCCCAUCACCGAUGAGGUGUUUUGUUAAUGCCAGAAUGCUUCUGAUACAAUGAAAAUCCAACCCUAGAUCAUGGUUUCCCAACCCUUUCCUCUGGGAUUACAGACAUUUCAGAUAUUUGUUUUAGCCCUGAACUGGCUCAGGUGGGACAGUUUAACAAAAUUCAACAAAUAUGUGAGAUGUCUGGUGGUCCCAGAGGAGACAGUUGGUUGCCCUAGACAUCUUUUUACACGUUUUGCUAUUGUGAUUUCACCACGGGUUACUGAAAAUAAUAUGCUGCUCAAAUUAAAUAUAUAUUUUUACGAAAUGAAACCCCUUUUGUUGUUGUUAAAUGUGAUGUUGAUUAUGAUGGCAAUGGCAAGGUCUACAUCUUUUUUGACUUUUCAACAAGUAUUUUGAAUUUAUAAGAUUAUUAGUGACAAUUAGUGAUGACAUAAGACUAUAGAAGAAGCCUUAAUUAAA